AUGUAUAUAUUUAUUCAGGUUUCUUUUGCUGGCUGGUCAAUGCCAGUUCAAUAUUCAAACUUGGGAGUAUUAGCGUCGCAUUUACACACUCGUGAGAACGCCUCAUUAUUUGAUGUAUCGCAUAUGCUUCAGUUAAGACUUUCUGGGAGAGAUCGUAUAUCUUUUCUUGAAAAGUUGGUCGUAGCUGAUAUAGAAGAAUUACCAUUCGGUAGUUCUACAUUGUCAGUUUUCACUAACGAAAAUGGAGGCAUAAUUGAUGAUACUGUUAUAUGUAAACAUGAAGAUUAUAUUCAUAUAGUGUCUAAUGCCGCUUGUGCUGAUAAAGAUCUUACUCAUAUUCGCGAGGAAAUGAAGAAGUUUCGCGGUGACGUUGAUUUAAAAGUUAUUGACGACCAUGCUUUAUUGGCUUUACAAGGUCCCAAAGCCGUGUCAGCUCUUCAAGAGUUAUGUGGAAAAGACUUGGCAGAUUUUAAGUUUAUGACGGCGCGUCAACUUAAUAUAAAAAGCUCCGACUGUCAUGUAACGCGCUCAGGAUAUACUGGAGAAGAUGGCUUUGAGAUUGGUAUUCCAUCAUCAGCUUCUGUCCAAAUCGCAAACUUUCUUUUAAAAUAUCCUGGUGUCCAAUUAGCUGGGUUAGGUGCUCGAGAUAGUUUGCGAUUAGAGGCCGGGUUGUGUUUAUAUGGUCAUGACCUUGAUGAUACAACAACACCGGUAGAAGCUGGUUUAACGUGGACAAUAGGCAAACGAAGAAGAAAUGAAGGUGGUUUUUUAGGAGCAGAACAUGUUCUACCUCAAAUAAAGGGAGGAGUAACGCGUCGACGGGUUGGCCUUAUUGUUGAAGGGGCACCGGCAAGAGAAAAUGCCGAAAUUUACAAUAAUGAAAAUGAGUUAAUCGGUAAUAUAACAAGUGGAGGACCAUCUCCUUCAUUGCAAAAGAAUGUUGCAAUGGGUUAUGUUAAACAAGGAUAUCACAAAUCUUCAACUAAACUUCAAGUUAAAGUUCGAAAUCGUAUGCAAAAAGCGCAAGUUGUUAAAAUGCCAUUUGUUCCUACAAGAUAUCAUAAAUAA